AUGAGAGAAAAGAGUUUUUUAGUCCUCACCGUAACAGGUGUAGUAGGGGGCACGGUUUUGGGUUUGUUGCUUCGGUACAUCCCUGAUCUGGAUGCCAACACGCUGUUGCUGGUCUCUUUCCCUGGUGACAUUCUGAUGAGGAUGUUGAAGAUGCUAAUCCUUCCUCUCAUCAUCUCUAGUCUUAUAACAGGGUUGGCUGGUUUGGAUGCUCGUUCCAGUGGAAGGAUGGGCACGAGAGCGAUGGUGUAUUAUAUGUCUACAACAGUUAUUGCUGCCAUACUGGGAGUAAUUCUUGUUCUGGGGAUCCACCCUGGUAAUCCUAAACUAAAGACCCAAGUCAGUUCUGCCCCCAAAAACCAGGAGGUGAGCAGCCUGGACGCCUUUCUGGACCUAAUCCGAAACUUAUUUCCAGAGAACCUGGUUCAGGCUUGUUUUCAGCAGGUGCAGACAGUAGUGAAGAAAGUGAGCAUGCCGGUUCAGAACCAGACAGAGCCUAUCACUGUCAACAGGAAAAAACUGGAGUUCAAAUGGGGCAUGAAUGUACUAGGGCUGAUUGGGUUCUUCAUCACAUUUGGAAUUUGCAUGGGCAAAAUGGGAGAGAGAGGGAAGCUCAUGUCAGACUUCUUCAACAUCCUUAACGAGAUCAUUAUGAAGAUGGUCAGCAUGAUUAUGUGGUACUCACCUUUGGGCAUUGCAUCUCUGAUCUGUGGGAAGAUUGCUGCCAUAGGUGACUUGGAGGUGGUUGCUAGGCAGCUGGGUAUGUACAUGGUAACGGUAAUGGUAGGCCUCUUCAUUCACGGUGGCAUCAUCCUGCCCGUCAUAUUCUUUACUGUGACAAGGAAGAAUCCCUUCAAGUUUUAUUCUGGAAUCUUCCAGGCUUGGAUUACAGCCCUUGGAACUGCUAGCAGUGCUGGAACCUUGCCUGUGACAUUUCGCUGCCUCGAGGAGAAUCUGAAGAUUGAUAAGCGAGUGACGCGUUUCGUGUUGCCCAUUGGGGCCACAAUAAACAUGGAUGGCACGGCGCUGUAUGAGGCAGUGGCGGCCAUCUUCAUUGCUCAAAUGAACGGCAUCGACCUGGAUGGAGGACAGAUCAUCACUGUGAGCAUGACCGCAACUCUGGCCAGUGUUGGAGCAGCCAGUAUUCCCAGUGCGGGACUGGUUACCAUGCUGCUGAUCCUGACUGCAGUGGGUCUGCCCACACAGGAUAUCAGCCUGCUCAUCGCUGUGGACUGGCUCCUUGAUAGAAUGCGCACAUCCAUCAAUGUGGUCGGGGACUCGUUUGGGGCGGGCAUUGUCGACUUCCUAUCACAGGCAGAAUUGGCCGAGAUUGAUGGUGACGUCCCCCCAUCAGACGAGGAGUUCCACCCUCCACCACCUAUCUUGACGGAGAUGGACCUGGUAGACCCCCUGACACCCCCGGAGCUGCCCCCGCGGUCCCCUCGUCCCCCCAAACUGAACCACUACUCCCAGCUCCAGUCUCAACCCCAUUCCAUCCCUCACUCUCCGCGCUCUGUGCGCUCUCCCUCACCCAGGUCUGUCAGAUCCCAUUCUCCCAGGUCUGUAUGUUCCCUCUCCCCCAGACCCUUCACCUCACACUCCCCCCGUCUCCUCCACCGCACCGAGCCCGGAUACACUGCCCUGCCCACCCACGAGAACCAGAUUCCCACGUUUCCUCGCAGUCACAGAGAGCGAGACAGAGAGAGAGGCCAAGAGAGGGAGCGCUUUCGUGGAAGAGAAAGGGAGAGUGAAACGGAAGAAGAGGAAGAAAAAGACAGGAUGGUGGAUGAGGCCAGUGAUGGAGAGGAGAGUGAUGACACCGCGUAUGACCGGAGACAUGCCAUCCCAGAGCUCCCCUAA